AUGGUCAACACAUCUUUGAAGCGGAGACGGACCGAGGACCAGCUCAGAGGCAAGGUACCCAAAAAGGAGAAGAGAAAGAUCAAGAAGCAAAAGCACUACCAUAGUUCGUCCGACGAAGAAGAGGGUGCUGCGCGCGACGCUCCAGCACGAGGAAGCAGCCAAGAACCAGACGAGCCAUUCCAGCCCUCGGGCGCCAAUGCGACUCUUCCAGGAAGACCGGAACUUUCUAAGCAGCAGUUGAGGAAGCAAGCAAAAUUCGAGGCAAAAAAGGCAGCGCAACAAGCAGCCGCGGCAGAGGAAUCUUCAGCCAGCGACGAUGAGGAUGAAGCAGAGGAUGCCGCGCCAUCGAAGAAACCUGAGCCCAAGUUCAAAGCCAGCAUACAAGCAAAGGCGCCUGUAAAGUCUGCGCUGAAGAAGACGGCUCCCGUCGACCAUACAGCCCCAUUACCAAGCGAUGCCGAAGAUGACGACGAAGACGACUCUGAACCUGAAGCCGACGAGUUUUCCAUUGCCGACUCAGAAUCUGACGCCUCAGAAGCUUCUUCCGUCUCCGAAACCUCUACCGCUGCUGCGCGCAAAGUCCGCAAGCGCAACGACCCUGAGGCCUUUGCAAACUCCAUCUCGAGAAUCUUGGGCUCGAAAUUGUCGACGUCAAAACGAACAGAGCCUAUUUUGUCGCGCUCGAAAGAUGCGGCAACAGCGAACCGCGAGCUUGCCGACGCGAAGCUUACUGAGAAGGUGCGCCGUCAACUAAUUGCAGAGCGCAAGGCUGCGCGGGACAAGGGCCGCAUUAGGGAUGUUCUGGGACUGAAUGACCCCAGCGUCAGCACGGAAGCGACAUCGACAAAGGAGAGGGAGCUCAGAAAGACGGCACAAAAGGGUGUGAUCAAGUUGUUCAACGCAGUGAGGGCGGCUCAGGUCAAGGGAGAACAAGCCGAGAGAGAAAGCAAGGCGGGCAUGGUAGUCGGUAUGGACAAGAGGGAGGAGAAGGUCAAGGAGAUGAGCAAGCAAGGAUUUCUCGACAUGCUCACUGGAGGGCAGAAGAAGGAGCAAAUCAUCGAAGUAUAA